GUCCUAAUAUUUUUGUAUCCAUCUUUCCUGCUCUAUAUAUAGACAUAUAUUCUUUACUUUUAGCAUCUAAAUCCCAAAUAUGUCAAACAAUUUGACGAAGCAAAAGCUUCAAGGCAAAGUAGCCAUCGUGACAGGCGGCGCCAGCGGCCUCGGCGAGACGACCGCCCGCGCCCUGGCGGACCACGGGGCGCGGAGGGUGGUGAUCGCCGACAUCCAGUCCGAAAAGGGCCACGCCGUGGCGAAAGCCAUCGGCCUGGAGCGGUGCAGCUUCUUCUGGUGCGACGUGACCGACGAGCUCCAGGUCGAGAACCUGGUCCGGUGGACGGCGACGACGCACGGCGGCCUCGACGUCAUGUUCAGCAACGCCGGCACCGCCACCAGGCUCCCUCAGACGAUCCUGGAGCUGGACAUGACCGAAUACGACCGCGUGAUGCGCGUGAACGCGCGUAGCAUGGCGGUGUGCGUGAAGCACGCGGCGCGUAAGAUGGUGGAGCUGGGGACGGGAGGGGCCAUCGUCUGUAUGGCGAGUCUGGCGGCGGUGAAGGCGAUGGCGAACACGACGGACUACAUGAUGUCCAAGUGCCCGACGCUGGGGCUGAUGGAGUGCGCGAGCUUGCAGCUCGGGAAGCACGGGAUUCGGGUGAACAGCGUGUCGCCCGGGCUCGUGUACACGCCGCUGGCCGAGGAGACGGGGUUUGCGUUGGAGGAUAUGGAGAGGUUCAUUGGGCCCUACAAGAGCUUGAAAGGGGCGACGCUCACGGCCGAGCACGUGGCGGACGCGGUGGCGUUCCUGGCUUCGGAUGAGGCGGCGUUGCUCACCGGAGUUAAUUUGGUGGUGGAUGGUGGGAUGGUUGCUGCGCCAUUCCUUGAAUAAAAUUAUCAAAUUUAAAAUUCCAAUAAAGAAGCUCAACUAUGGCGAUAUCGGAAAGUUUGUCCCAUUUUUUCAUUUUCAUCUGUUCCAUAAAAUUUGUCUCAUUUCUCUUUUUACCAUUUUUUGUAGUGAACUCAUAUUCCUCUAAUUCGUUCCUACCCACAUUUUAUUAUA